GCCAAGCACUGUGAAAAAGACGACUGUUAAUUCCUGAUUGGCAAUAAGAAGCGCUGGGAAAAGUCGACACCUCGCGUUACUGCUCGGCGAAAAUGAGUGAGAGACAAGGCACCGGGGCAUCAAGUGCCAACAGCAAAGCAAAUGAAGGACAAGAUACAUCUAAGAAAGAAGCCCCAGCCGAGGAAUUUGACAUCGACUUGGACGCCCCCGAGACGGAGAAGGCGGCUGUCGCCAUUCAGUCGCAGUUCAGAAAGUUCCAGAAGAAGAAGAAUGAGGAGAAAUCCUAGGAGCCGGGCGAUGGGCCUGCUUCUGUUGGCUGGAGAGCAGCAUGUCACUGCAUGUUGAAGAAAUCACGCUGUAUGGACUCGGGGGGGGGGGGGGGGGGGCUC